UGGGUCAGAUCCUCCAUUGUGAGCCGGGAGCCGGGACUGAGCAGCUGCUGCCCCCCCCCCCCCCCCCACCCAGCGGGGUCUGUGCUGGGGAGAGACCGGCAUUAACCCCACCCUGUGCCCAGCCUGGGUGGGGACUUUCUCUGGUGUGGAGGCAGCCCCUGACACCAGCCGGAGACUCCAGGGGCCGGUGACCUUCGAGGAGGUGGCUGUGUAUUUCACCCAGGGGCAGGGGGCUCUGCUGGACCCCGCUCAGAGAGCCCUCUACAGGGACGUCAUGCAGGAGAACUACGAGACGGUGACCUCACUGGCAGGUGAAGAGAUGCUGAAUGAGAAUGAAGAGGAGAAUCUCCAGUAGGGAACCCCUAAGCAAGUGGAGCUGCAUGGGACGUUAUUGGGAAGAUCUAAAUGGAACGUUUCCUGAAGCGUUGACCACGGAAAAUCUUGUGAGAGUCAUUGCAGGUCAGAGAGACAGCAGAGAAACCAACUGUGGAAGGAAGUAAUUAAAUCCCUUAUUUGUGGGAAAAGGUGCAACGAUCUCAAGGAAACCACAGCCCAGCAGAGAAUCCACACACAAGAGAAAAAAAACACAUGCACAACGCACGGCAAAAACGUCAGUUUGCCAUUGCACUUUAUUAGACACCAGAAAACCUACACAAGAGAGAAACUCUAUAAAUGCAUUGAGUGUGGAAAAAGAUUUAAUGACAACUGGCACCUUAUUGGACAUCAAAGAAUUCACACAGGAGAGACCCUAUAACGCAUUGACUGGGAGUUAGUUUAGUGACAGAAGCACGCUUUAUUACGCAUCAGAGAACCCCCACACAGGAGAGAGAGCCUACAAAUGAAUUUACGCAGGUGAAGAGAUGCUGAGUGAGAAUGAAGAGGAGAAUCUCCAGUAGGAAACCCCUAAGCAAGUGGAGCUGCAUGGGACAUUAUUAGGAAGAUCUAAAUGGAAUGUUUCCUGGAGCGUUGAUCAGGGAAAAUCACGUAAGAAUCAUUGCAGGUCAGAGAGACAGCAGAGAAACCAAUUGUGGAAGGAAGUAAUUAAAUCCCUUAUUUGUGAGAAGAGGUGCAACGAUCUCAAGGAAACCACAGCCCAGCAGAGAAUCCACACAAAAGAGAAAAAAAACACGCACAACACGCAGCAAAAGCUUCAGUUCAGUAUGGAAAAAGAUUUAGUGACAACUCGCACCUUAUGGGACAUCAAAGAAUUCACACAGGAGAGACCCUAUAAACGCAUUGACUCUGGGAGUUAGUUUAGUGGCAGAAGCAAACCUUAUUAUGCAUCAGAGAACCCACACACAGGAGAGAAGCCCUACAAAUGACUUUACUGUGAGACACUUUUUUUCAGAGCUCACAUCUUAUUUCACAUCACCGAAUCCACACAGGAGAUAAACCAUAUAGGCUUGUGGGAAAAAUUUCAAUCGGAGGUCAAACCUAGUUUGAUAUCAGAGAGUCCAAUACAGGAGAGACUCACUAUAAAUGCACUGAGUGUGGAAACGAAUUUAGUGAUAAGUAAUGCCUUAUGGGACAUCAGAGAACCCACAUAGGAGAUAAACCCUAUAAAUACCUUGAUAGUGGGAAAAGCUAUAAUGACAACUAACAACUUAUUACACAUCAAAGCGCACACAUGAGUGAGAGUCCCUAUAAAUGCCUUGACUGUGGGAAAAAAUUCCUUCAAAGUUACAAUCUUCUCGUGCACCAGCGAAUCCAUACAGGAGAAACGCCCUAUAAAUGCCCUGACUGCGGGAAAGGCUUCAAUCGAAGUGCAAACCUUAUGAGACACCAGAGAAUCCAUAUAGGAGAAAAAGUGCAUACCAGCCUCAACUCUGGGGAAAAAGUUAGUGAUAAGUCACAACUUACUACACAUCACAGAAGCCAUUCAGAAGCGAAACCCUACGUAUGCAAGGACUGUGGGAACAGUUUCAUUCAGAGCUCAGAUCUAAUUGUGCAUCAGAGAGUUCAUACAGGAGAAACACCCUAUAAAUGCCCCGACUGUGGGAAAAACUUCACUCGAAGUUCAACGCUUACUAGACAUCAGAGAACCCACAGGGGGGAAAAAACCCAUAAAUGCCUGGACUGUGGGAAAAGUUUCAUUCAGAGCUCAGAUCUAAUCGUGCAUCAGAGAAGCCAUACAGGAGAAACACCCUAUAAAUGCCUCGACUGUGGGAAAAACUUCACUCGGAGUUCCAACCUUACUAGACAUCAGAGAAUCCACACAGGCGAAAAACCCCAUACGUGCCUGGAGUGUGGAAAAAGUUUCAUUCAGAGUUCAGAUCUUAUUGUGCAUCAGAGAAUCCACAAGAGAGGGAAAAAAACAUAAAAGCCUCCCCUUGUGAGCAAGGUUUAGUAACAAGUCACAUCUUACCACACACUGGAGAACCCAUGUUGGAGAAAGCCCUUAUGAAUCCCUGGACUAUGGGAAAAGUUUCUGUCAGAGUUCAGUUCAUAUUUCACAUUAAAGGAUCCACAUGGCAGAGCGACUGUAUACAUACUCCGAAUGUGGGAAAUGUUUCAUUCACAGCUUUGUAUACAUCAGCUAGUCCAUGCAGGAGAGAGACCCUAUAAAUCAGUGGUUCUUAACCUUUUCAGACAACUAUACCCCUUUCAGGAGCCUGAUUUGUCUUGCAUACCCCAAGUUUCACCUCACUUAAAAACAACUUGCUUACAAAAUCGAACAUAAAAGCACAUCCUCUCCCAACCCCCCCGCCCCCCGCUUCCAUCUAUACACAAAUUUGCCUGACUCAGGCCAGUAAGCCCUUGAGACCCAUGCCCUAGGACCCAAAAAGUGGGGUGGGUGGCUCUGAGCCCAAGUCCAGUUGGAACUCAUGGUUCACACUGCAUCAUUUUGCAGUGAGGACUUAACUGCGGCUCAGGUCUUCAGACUCGUGUUCUGAGAGUCCACUAUUGCUAUCCCACAAUCCCAUGGGCCUCUUGGCGUUUGACCCUGCUAUUGUGUUCUGACCCCUGAGCUGCAAACAGAGAGAUCCGUCUUCUGCGUUAGCUAUGGCCACCGGUAAGAAGAAGGCCUUAGCCCAGUACGCUGGUCAUGGGAUCACCUCAGAUUCUGAUCAAUCUGCGGUGUGAGGCGAGCCAGACAUUUGACGUCAGUCAGAACACCGGAAAUGACCCAGUGUACCAGAAAAUAAUGGGCAACCUGGCAGAGUUGGGGAUUAAACAGACCCAUGACCAGCGCAGGGAGCCAGGGCCCGCUUUAGGGGUGGGUGGGCGGGCUGGGCACUGUGCUUAAGGGGGGCGCCGUGCUGGUCCCACCCACCUGACCUGCCGGCAGCAAGCGGGCUUAGAGGCAGCCAGGUAGGCGCAGCUGCGCAAGGAGAGGGCAGACAGACGGAGCUGCAGCGGGGGGCAUUUGGCCCCAGCCUGGUAACUCCUCCGACGCGGGGCUGCCCCAUCUCCCCCUCUGCCCUGCUCCACUAGGUCUGCAGCCACCACUGCUCCUGCCACCCCCACUCCCACCCCCAUGGAGCCACCCCAGCCAAGCUCGGGAUCUGGAGCCUGCCUCCUGUCUGAGUGGGGGUGGGGCUUGGGGGCUCUGAUCUCAGGGGGUCCCCCUCCCCACACCUGCGUACCCAGGCUCUGCUGAGCUGGGGUCACGGGGGAGCAUGUAUCUGCUAGUGACCCUGGGUGCAUGCUCUGCUUAAACAGACCGAGCGUUGACACACUCACUCCGGCACACUCACACUUCCCCAAUACACACUCACACACUGUCUCACAGACACAGUCUCUCAGACACUCCCCCAGCACACACGCUCUCUCUCACUCCCCCAACACUCUCGCACACACACACAAACACGCAUAUUAGUGUUGUUAUGGUUGGUACUUCAAGGCACAUAUAUUCUUUGUCAUUUUAGUCUUUCCAAGUUCGUUAAGGGUCACAGUGCUGUUAUUUUAGUUUUUCAACUGGUCUGCGCAUUUCAUCAUUUUAUUUCUCUCUUAUGCUUACAUUUAAUUCUUUGAGUAGUGAGUUCUAAAAUGCCUAACUUGUCCUGGCUGGAGUAAUUAUUGUUAUUACUUUUAUUACCGUAGUGUGCGUUGUCCGUCAUUAUUUAAAGUGGUCCAAUCAAAUAAUAGUAUCCUCCUCGAAUGUAAAUUUAACUUGUAGUCACCUUAGCAAUGCCAGUUCAAAAAAAAUUAGCUACACACAUAACUGUAGACACUGUGCAGAUGCAGGUCACUUAUUUUCAAAUGGUAUUUUUAGUUAUACCCGUAAAAUAACUUCGAAUUAGUAGGACAAUAAAUGCGGUUCCAAGUCUGAUACCGAAUAGCCAUGAUGGGGUCAAAUGUUCGUGAGUCACGUACGUGAUUGUGAUUGGUAAACAUAAACGCCAAAAUAAUUAGAAAAAUAAAUUCCUGUUCUUAAUAAAGGAGAAAUAAAAACCUUACUCGCAUAUGUUAAAAUUAAGUAAAUAAGUGUUUAGUGGAGUAUAUAACAAUUGACUAAAAUAGAGUAGAUAAUGGCCGUAACACAGUGUGUCUGUUAGAGAAAGUAAGCAGAUUUUAAGCAGAUUUCAUUUAUUUUUAUUUCUCUCUCCUAAAGAUAGUCUGCAAAGUAUCACACAUGUGUUUCUGAUCCCUGUGUUAAAGCUCCAGAACUGAUCCCUCAAGGUUUGGGAUUGGGAAUAUCUUGCUGUAUUGUCUCCUGGUUUUUCUAAACUUCCAUAUAAACUUAAAAUGUGGCUUUAA